CCAUUAAGCACCCACAAAAGGUUUUCUAAUCUAGAGAGAGAAAAGAAUUUGAAAAGAAAAAAAAAAUGGAAAAUGAAAGAAUUGAUAUCCAUCAUUGAAUCCCAUGUGCCUCCUCUCUUCAAUCCCCAUACCUCCCUCUCCUCCAUCAAAUUUCACAUUCCCUCUCCUCCUCAAUUAUAACACAUAAUCCACUUUCUAGGGUUUUGAGAAUUUACAUCACCAAACCAAAAGCUGAUCACAUUCAGAUUAUACACAUAUACCCAUAUAGGCACAUAUAUGUAUAUGCACAUAUCAGAGACAGAAAGAGAGAGGGAGGGAGAGAAUCUUAUUCACUUUUCUUUUUAUCAGAGAAUAUAAAGACUCAAACUUUCCCUCUGAUUCUGAUCCAUUGGCUUCUCUUUUGACUUGAAAACUCUCCUCCCAAGAUUUCUAGAGAGAGAAAGUUGUUUUUUUUUUUGUCUUAAAGAGAGAAACUGUGUAUUUGUUAAUAUUUAUUGUUAUUUGGAGAUAGUUUGAUACAGAGAGAUGUUGGCAAUGGAGAAGGAUUUUGAUUCAAAGCUAAGGAUUCAGAGCAGCAAUAAUUCUUCUUCUUCUUCCUCCUCUUCCCCUUCUUCUGCUUCUGCUAACAAUGGGAGUGUGCAGAAAUCUAAGAGCUUUUCUUUCAGGGCUCCUCAGGAGAAUUUUGGUAUUCAGGAUUUUGAGCUUGGCAAGAUCUAUGGUGUUGGUUCUUAUUCAAAGGUAGUAAGGGCAAAAAAGAAGGAUACUGGAGUGGUAUAUGCCUUGAAGAUCAUGGACAAAAAAUUCAUUACCAAAGAAAAUAAAACAGCUUAUGUGAAGUUGGAACGUAUCGUUCUUGACCAAUUGGAUCACCCUGGAAUUGUGCGGCUAUUUUUUACUUUUCAAGAUACCUUUUCACUGUACAUGGCCCUUGAAUCCUGUGAAGGUGGAGAGCUUUUUGACCAAAUAACCAGGAAAGGUCGUCUACCAGAGGAGGAAGCUCGUUUCUAUGCUGCAGAAGUUGUGGAUGCUCUUGAAUACAUACAUAGUAUGGGAUUAAUACAUCGAGAUAUUAAGCCAGAGAAUUUGCUGCUUACUGGAGAUGGACAUAUUAAAAUUGCUGAUUUUGGGAGUGUGAAGCCAAUGCAAGAUAGUCGCAUCACAGUCCUUCCAAAUGCAGCCUCUGAUGAUAAAGCUUGCACAUUUGUGGGCACAGCUGCAUAUGUCCCUCCAGAAGUCCUCAACUCUUCUCCUGCAACAUUUGGAAAUGACCUCUGGGCACUUGGCUGCACCUUGUACCAGAUGCUUUCAGGAACUUCUCCUUUCAAAGAUGCAAGUGAAUGGCUUAUAUUUCAAAGAAUUAUAGCCAGGGAUAUAAGAUUUCCCAACUAUUUUUCAGAAGAAGCUAGAGACAUCAUUGAUAGGUUAUUGGAUAUAGAUCCCAGCAGAAGACCAGGUGCUGGACCUGAUGGUUAUGCUGCUCUCAAAAUGCAUCCUUUCUUUAAGGGAAUUAACUGGAAGAAUAUAAGAGAGGAAACUCCUCCAAAACUUGCUUUGGAGUCAACAGCACAAUCUGGUGAUGGUGAAAAUGAACAGGAUUCUUCAUGGAAUCCUACACAUGUUGGGGAUGGUUCAGUAAGACAGAUUGAUGGGACUGUUGGAACUCCAUCAUCUGCUGAAGCAUCUGGUUCUAUAACUAGACUUGCCUCCAUCGAUUCCUUUGAUUCUAAAUGGCAACAAUUUUUGGAUCCAGGGGAAUCUGUUCUUAUGAUCUCAAUGGUUAAAAAAUUACAGAAAUUGACAAGCAAGAAAGUGCAGCUCAUUCUCACUAACAAACCCAAAUUGAUUUAUGUGGAUCCUUCCAAGUUAUUGGUAAAGGGAAAUAUAAUUUGGUCUGACAAUUCUAAUGACCUCAAUGUCCAGGUUAUAAGUCCAUCAAAUUUCAAGAUCUUUACGCCAAAGAAGGUAUUGGCAUUUGAGGAUACAAAACAAAGGGCAUGGCAGUGGAAAAAGGCGAUUGAGAGUCUUCAAAACCACUCUCAAAACCGGUGAAAAUCUGUUCGUGGUUUUCACAAAAAAAUUCUUUAAUGUUACAAUGCUGUAGAGAAAUUUGGGGAUUCUUAAAACAGUUGACAUCCCUGAAAGAUUAUAUAUUUUGUGAAAGAGAUUGAAGUUAUGGAUUCUGCUUCAGUCGGCUUCUUCAAGGUGCAGCAAUACUACCUCAAGCUCUCUUCCAGUUUGCUUAGAACUGAGUUUGUGAUGAGUUUUACUAUCCAUUUACUUUUGUAAGAAAUUGAUGUACAAUGUAUUCUCCUGAUUUGCAGAGUUUGUAGAGGGCUAGGGUUCAGAACUUCUUUACUGUAUUUAACAUUACACGUGAUCAAUGAAAAGCUCAUUGCCAUGAAA